CGCCAUUGCAGAAGAAAAAACCCUAAUUUCUUCUAGGAAUCUGAAUUUGUCCAGGAGAAGCAACGAUGGGUACUUCGAGUUUUAGAAAGUCUCGGAAACCAUCAUAUACCCUCUGAACCGGAGCUUGCAUAUGAGUUCGUCUUCAUAACUGGAGCUAAAUUUCACGAAGAAUCGGAGUAAAGGUCGUAUUUUCUCGCUUGGAUGUUAGGCUCUGUUUCCUUUGUUUGUUAAUGGCGGGUUUAUCUUCGCUGAAAAGGGUCAUUGAUUCUUCUCUAUACCGAAGAAAGGCUGGGCAUUUUUCUGGCGAUUCGGGCAUUGCUUCGUGGGUUUUUGGCUGUCUGAAUAUAAGAGCUUUUUCAUCUGUUGGUGACGUUGGAAUUGAAACUGGUAAUGGGCAAAAACAGGAUGGACAGAAACUCCAUCAAGUCCGAUGUUUGCUCAAUGAGUACGGAUUCACGCCUGAACAAGUAACCAGGGUUUCCAAGUCUUUUCCAUCAGCAUUUUCCGCAAAUGUGGAAGUACUUUCACCAAAGCUUGCAUUUCUAAGGUCUAUUCUGGGUUCGAAUGAUGAUGUUGCAAGGAUUAUUUCUGCAAAUCCUAAAAUGCUUGCUUCUAGUUUGAAGAACCAGCUCCUGCCAAACUACCAGUUCAUCAAAUCCAUUCUUGAACAGGACGAGUUAGUUGCUAAGAGCAUUAGACGGUCCACGCGUAUCUUAUGCAUCGACAUUCAGAACAAUUUAGGUGCUAAAGUUUCAUUCUUUAGAGAUAACGGGGUCCCCGAUACUUCCAUCGCCAAAUUGAUGGAGUACUCUCCAGGUACAUUUGCAGUGUCCUUUUCUAAACUCGAGGAAUCUUUGAAGAAAGCAAUGGCUCUCGGGUUUGAACCUUCGAACCCCAUGAUUGUCAAUGCUAUCAGGGCUAUAUGUCAGAUUAAUGUAUCAACUUGGGAUCGGAAAGUUGAGCUCUAUAGAAAAUGGGGUUGGUCUAAUGACGAUGUUCUCCGAGCUUUCAAGAAACACCCUUUCAUCAUGUGUAUCUCAGAGGAGAAGAUAAACAAGGGGAUGGAUUUUAUGUUUAAUACAAUUGGUUUGAGCCUUUCAGAUAUUGUCAAGUACCCAAACAUCAUGUCCUUCAGCGUGGAGGAGAGAAUCAUACCUAGAUUUUCUGUCGUUGCUCUUUUGCUCUCGAAGGGGAUUCUGUGUGACAGCCCUUCCAACAUCUCUACUUACUUUGGUGCAAUUAGGGCAAAAGAGGAAGCUUUCGUGAAAAAGUUUGUCGAUAAAUAUCCGGAGCAUGUUCUUGAAGUUUGGCAAAAGCUUCGGCGGAAAGCCGCUGUUUGAGUUAGGAACGUUAUUCUCACUACAGAUGCACAGCAGUCGGAACCCUGCUCUUCUAUCAGAUGGAAAUUCUUGCUGGUGGCUUUACAUCCUUUUAUCAUCUUCUUCCUUCAUAUGAGAUCAGAUUGUCAAAUCUAAUAUUGACAUUGGUGUCAACUGAAACAGAAUUUUUUCAUAUGUUUUCUUUAUGCAUAAAUUGUGGCAGUGUUUCUGUUCAAGUUUUCUGAUCAGAGAGCUUCUUUGACAGAUUCUCACAUAAACUUUCUUGUUUUGAAUGUAACGAUUACUGAUUUGAGGGGGAAAGUCAAGGAGGUUUUGUGA